CACUGAUAAAAAAUAUGGCCGUCAGCGUAUAUUGUAUUGUACAAUAAUACUCAAUUUUAAUACUUACUAGGUUUCGUCAGUCCGCAGUCGGUAGAUUUUAUUUGGAAGGUGAAGUUAUAAUAACAUUAUGAUACAUUAAUCAUUGUUGCAGGAAAAUUUUAAUAUCAAGUACUAAAGUAAAUAAAAUACUACAGAUUAUAUAAAUUUUCUAACUAUUCAAAUUUUAGUGUUACAAACAUACUUGUGUUAUUAAUUGUAAAAUCGAUAUGUCUGGUAUAAAUAAUCCUGAAGAAAUAAUUCUACACUACAAAUAUAUAUUAAAUAAAACUAAAAAGAAAUUAUUUCGAAAACUAAAUACGUUAGAGCCAAGUGAUUUGUUUGCAAAAUUGGCAAAUUCAUGCCAGAAAAAUGAUAAAAAUGCAUAUGCAGCACUUUGCUGGCAAGCAGUUGCAAAAUGUGAAGAAUCAAUGGGCCACAACUGUGAAGAAGCGCUUGCUCACCAGAAAGCAGCUCGCCAAUUUUUUCAAGAAUUUAAAAAAACAGAAUCGUCUGGAUUUGUGUCACCUUACAAUGAGUACUUACAAGCAGGAUUAAGUGAAAUGUGUCAUGCUGAAGAUAGUUUCCGAGGAAAUUCAUUUGAAAAUAUUUUAAAAACUUCAGUUCGUCUAGAAACUGCUAAUACUCUUGUUGGUCUUGGUAAACUAGAUGAAGCAUCAUUUAUUGCUAGCAGUUUAACUGAUAUUCCACAAGAAAACAAUGCUCUUAAAUUAACUGUUCUUGAACAAAUAACAUCCAUUCAAAUAUUAUCUGGAGACUAUGAAGGUGCUUUAUUAACAUUCACAGAAAUUGCUAAUGUUGCCUCAAAUAUCCAUUCAGACACUUUAGGCGUACAUAGUGAUAUAUUAGCGAGAUGUGAAAUAUCAAGAGUUUUCUUGUUUCUCAUACUGAAACCUACGCGACAAAAAAUGCCAAGUGACUUGACAUCAGUCUUAGAGAAAUAUAUGUGGAUAAACGGUGAUUUUGAUUCUCCUGUUACAUUUAUAUCUGAUGAACUGUUUCGUCUUCUGCGAUCUCUUGUCAAAGCCUAUCAACUAGGUGAAACAUCUUGUUUAUACACUAUUGAAUCUGAUCUCUCAUCUCAUCUGACAUUGGAACAAAGACAUUUAUUAUCAGUUUUGAUUAACACACUGACAUAAUAUAUCUAUUUUAGUUUUAUUCGUUUUAUAUAUAAAAUUAUUAUGAAAAAUGAAGUUUUUGUUUUUUAAUGUAACAUUUAAAUAAUUGUAAAGGAAAUUAUGUAUAUAUAUAUAUAUAUAUAUAUAUAUCAUAAAUAAUUAUCCCGUAUUUAAUGCGCCUUUGUAAAUAUUCUGUUUCUCUUAAGUGAAAACAGUAAUGAUAAUUGGCAAUUAUCAAUUUUGUACCAUAAGUUGUUAAUAUUUCUAAGUACAAAUUAUGUAUAUAAAACAAAUUCUUUACUCUUAACCAAACUUUCAGCAGAUCAUGUACCUAAUUAAUAGUGUCGAUCGUGAGAAAAAGAAUAUUGUUACAUAACAGAGACAAUACAAUUUGUUUUUAUACU